UCCUGAAUAAUUAAUCCCCCAAAUUAACACAUUGGCGACGGGCAUGGCUUCAUCGAUGUUAAACGGUGAGAGAGCUGUGGUUUUGCUGUUCGUUUCCAGCAUUCUUUACUCUACACGCAUAUCGCUUCUCUAUGAAGGGCUAUCAUUCUCUCUUCUCACUAUUUUUGCCCUAUUCGUCGAGAUCUCCGUCGAAUCGUACGGCUCCGCCUUCCCCUUCAAAACCAGGCCAGGUGCUUCAUCAGGGAUUCUGUUGGGCGCUGUUACUCUUCCAGGUGUUGCAAUUUCAAAGCUGAUACAGUUAUCAAGAGCUUUGUCAGUGCAUGAAGUAGGAGUUGAAGAGGUUGAAUUCAUAAGAUUACAAUAUUGGGCCACUUCCACUACUUGCCUCUGUGUGCUUGUUUUCCUUUGCUUCAUGUGUCACCAUGAAUCAAAGAAGACCAGUUCAGCAUCUCUUCACAACGAUUGCCAUAUGAAGUUCAGCAUUAGUUCCAUAGCCUUGUUUACAGCAGUGUGCUAUUUAUCUUUUUCUGCAAAAUCAUCUUCCAAAUGGAACAUGGCAUUGACUUUGUUGUGGAUUGUAUGUCAUGGGGUCUCAGCUGUGAAAUUCAUUCAACAUGUUCUCAACACAUUUCCAGCAUGUGCUUCAUUUGGUGAAGCACUUUUGGUUACAGCUGGAUUUGUUGUUUAUUUUGGAGAUAUGUUUGCAUGUACAACUGCAAGGUUGAGUUCUAUUGCAUAUGAGGUGGAAAGAAGUGAGAUAAACACUAUUAUACAGGGAAUGCUUCUUGGCCUUCUUAUAAUUCCAAUUUUAUUCAAAUCCAUCUUAAAAAAAUGGAAACUUUACAUGACAUCAUCAAACACAGAAGUCAAACAGUCAACUAUAUUUUACGGGUGUUUAGCGUUUAUUCUAUUAGCAAUUGUUCCAUUAUGGAUGCAAUUUGUUCAAGAUUUCCAUGUGCAUCCCUUUCUAUGGGUUUUAAAAUUUGUAUUCUCUGAACCACACAAAAGACUCUCCUUAUGUGUUUAUUGGGUGGCUGUUAUUUGUGCAUCUGUGCUUCGAUUCUAUAACAUCUCCAAAAACAGUAAAAUUGAACGAAUUUUACUCAGAAAAUAUUACCAUCUUGUGGCUGUUUUAAUGUUUGUCCCUGCUGUUAUCUUCCAGCCAUUGUUUCUCAACUUGGCUUUUGGUGCAGCUUUGGGGGUUUUCUUAGUGCUGGAAAUAAUUCGGGUAUGGAGAAUAUGGCCUUUAGGACCACUUGUACAUAAGUUUAUGAACGCCUUCACUGAUCAUCGUGACUCUGAUCUUCUUAUAGUCAGCCAUUUUUCGCUCCUUUUGGGAUGCGCCUUGCCUAUUUGGAUGUCGUCAGGAUUCAAUGAUCGACCCCUCGCCCCUUUUGCUGGAAUCUUGAGCCUUGGAAUCGGAGACACAAUGGCUUCCAUGGUUGGAUAUAAAUAUGGUGUUCUCCGAUGGAGUAAAACAGGCAAAAAAACCGUUGAAGGCACUGCUGCCGGAAUAACAUCGGUCCUGGCGGCUUGCUCAGCCCUACUGCCGCUCUUGACCGCCACAGGACACAUGUUCACUCAGCAUUGGUUAUCGCUUUUGAUGGCGGUGAUGGUGAGCGGUUUACUUGAGGCAUACACUGCACAGCUUGAUAAUGCAUUUAUACCGCUUAUAUUCUAUAGUCUUUUAUGCCUUUAAAUUGUAAUUUGUAGAUAAAUACAAACAUGUUAUAGUGAUAGGAAAAAAGAAAGUAGAUAAUACGUUUUUUUUUUUUUUUUUUUUUGUAAUGUUGGAU